GCGUGAAAGUCUAGAACAGCAGCAAUGCAUGCCAAUCUUUGUCCCGAGCGUUGAUGUGGGAGUGCGCGCGAGACUGAGUGCUAAACACCCGACGCUCAGUCUUAGACCUGGACGUACCCAUACACGCGCAGUCGGUUUCACGGACGCGACCUUUGUGGAAGGUGACAAUCUGAAACAACCCUAGCUACCGCGUUGUCAGGUUUUCGUCGCACAGAUUUUUGCAGUAGAAGCGAAAGCAGUUGUUUUGGACGGCAAGGUGAAAGCGAUUGAAGCACAGAUCGGAGAUUGCGUUUGAACAAGCUCGAUUUACUUGUGGUCUACAGCCGCGGAGAGUGAUUCACGUAGCAUUCAGCUUGCGAAAACAAUCGCUUCAGGUUCGUUCAUCGGCUAGUUCCGCAGCCAGGCACCAAUCAGGACAGAAUUCUGUAAUGCAUUCGUAGGCUGUAAGGAGGCUUCCCGCUCGGGGAAGUAACGCUGCUCCGUGCGGCCAAACAUUCGCAACCCUCCACGGCCAGGAUGGUGACCUCCGAGCGAGCAUUGUCGGCAGCCAGUGGAUCAGUUUUGCCUGCUCAAUCGGACGUUGGCAACGAGCAUUUUCUACAGGAGCACGAGUGGAAGUGCGAUCCAAGUCGAAGGUGGUCACAUCAUCCGCCUCGGGAUGUGCUGCUGGAUUGUAACUCGGAUGAUUUCUUUCAACAUGACCAGGAGGAAGAUGGCAAAGGAGCUUCGGCUCAGGUAGAGAAGCAUCUUCACCAUCAUCAGCAGCCUAGGUUUGUACGUGUUGAUUCUCUGUCCAACGUCUCGAGUCAGUUAUCGGCUGGCCAGACGAGGCUGGGAGGUGUGUGGAUCGGUCAACGCACCAUCAGCGCGUCUCCACCUCUCAGUCCCACGCACAGUAUGCAGCUCGGUGAGCGAACCCACGAGGAGGCUGCUGGCAGUAGGGCCAGAGGUCAAAGUGCGGACGCGCGCAGUGAUUCCGAUGAUGUGACCUUGUCGGGAGGUACACGAACGAAAGCAUCCAUCCAACGCAGUCGCAUUGCGGGCUUUUUCUGCCUGUUGGCCGUACUAAUGUUAGUGUUGAGCUUAGCCUUGCCAAAGUGGCUUGUCCGCGAUCGUACCGUCUUGCGCCAGGGCAGUGAUGAGCGUUUGAGCGCUGCUGUCGACAUUGGCCUGUUCACAGUCUGUGAGGACACGGUGACUGGAAAAUGCUACAAAUAUAUCAACGGUGGAUUGCCUGGCCGCUUUCGCAACUUGCUAUGGGACGUGGACUUGCACGAAUGCCACCAGUUCUACCAGGCGACCUGCAUCUGCGCCAUCCUCGCCUGCCUGCUGGGCGCGAUCGCAACGUUCUUCAACUUCACCGUGCCGCGGUUUGACAUGUUCCGCUAUCACGCCGCCAUCUUCAUCGCCAUAAUCCUAUCGGUCAUCCUCUCCAGCACAGCGCUCAUCUGCUGGUUUGUCUGGAGUGGCAAGGUCUUGAGGCAACACCGCCACUUGGAGCUGAAUGCGGAAGACUUCAGCGCAUUCGGUGGAGGAUUUGACCUCGGACCCAGCUUCUACUUCAUGUUCACUUCGACAAUUCUGAUGACAGUUGCUGGGAAACUCGUCUUGUAUGAGAUGUUUGUAUCGGCACGCCGUGACGCCGAGGCCAUGCCGUGCCUUGGUGGCGACAUCAUCACCCACGACGCGGACGACUUCACCUCAAUGUCGUUACCCCCGCCGAUGAACAUGACAAUCUUCAGCAACUCAUUGGCAGAUGACGGAGAUGGCGACCGGUCACUGGCACCACCCUCCUCAUCACCGUCGGAAACGAGCAGCAACAUCAUGACGACGUGCAGCCCGCCGCCCGAGUAUCGCGAAGUGGACAUCAUCACAAACACGACCAGCGUCUGCACGACGACCAGCGGGCAGACGAUGGACUCCGCUGACUUCUCGCCGCUGGGUGAGCAGUUUGCCCGAAUGCCGAGCGUGGGCGCAGCAUCCUCCUGCUCCUCCACUCUCUGGAUGGCGUGCAAAUCGGAAGGCAGCACGCCGCAUCACCUCAAGACCAGCUCGGAGGAUGCCGACGCCAAGGCCUCGGGGAGUCGCGGAGGCACGCUGCCGCGCAACUACAAGCAGUCGCACACCGACGGCGGCGGCGUGCCGACACGCAAGCACACGCGCCGCUUUCUGAACCGCCGGCGCUUCACAACGGUUCUCGGCCAGCGCUCGCACUCAGGCAGCGACCUCGAUAGGCCGAGACCGGCGAGCACCCACCUGGACGAGGACGUUACAACGUACACGGUCGUCCCGAACAGGACUGUUGGUGCCAGCGUGAAGCGACGGCCGAGCCAAUGUAGCACAACACACUCUAUCUACUCUGCCGGUGGGGCCAGCGCUGGUGCUGCGUCUAUUCCGAUCGGCGGUGGUAGUGCAUGGUGUGACGACUUUGCCGGCAAGAGCAUCAUCUCCAGUCCGGAUUUGAACGUCGGCGGUCUGGACUUCGACCUGAGCCUGUGUAUGCGCAAUGCAGCACUGGCGUCCGCCGGCGACUUUGAAAUGCCGCAGCCCAUCGCGGAGAGUCUGGUGUUCGACGACGAAGAGUCGGUACAGUCAUCCGAGCCGGACACGCCGGUUGCAGAGUGCCAACAGCACGUCAUCGGAUAUCCCCUGGGCGACCACAGCACCACGUACGCCAACACUCUCAGCUCCACCGGGGACAGUGGCUGCGGUUGCCUUGACGACGGCCUAAGCCUGGAGCCCAGCACGCCAGUGCGAAACGAUGCGGCAGCAGUGUAUCACCAUGGUAACUAUGAUUAUGAAACAGAUCUAUAAGACCAUACUAUUGAUUUACACAUUCUCGGUUCAGAUUUUUUUUCCGCGUUUUAUCAGGAUGCACAUUGAGACUAUCAUAAUGAACAUAUCAGAAUUACAAUCAUAACCUCCCAUCAGUUUUUUCCAAAGAUGAUAUUAUUAUCAUGAAAUAAAACAGGAAAGGAUACACUCCCAUCAGUUUAUUAUUCAAGAUUUGAGAUUUCCUGCAUAUGCUAUCCCAUUGCCUUUGCAUCAAUUCCAGUUGCGCAAAGUGAUUUUUCAGCUUGGAAGCGUUUUGGAAGCAUUCACAAUCUUAGCCCACCCA